GUCAGGAUUUGCCACAGGAACUGAACAAGGGGCCGAAGGGAACAAGUGCAUUCACGGAGUCUCAUCCCCUCACGAGUGAAUGCAAUAAGGUUCAGAGACAAACAGAUAUCCCUGUACCCUUAUUCUCAGCAGCUUCCCAUAUACACAAGUAGACGCAGAAUGAGAGAUUACAGACCAAGACAGGGCCACAGACAGCCACUAAGAUAUCUAAUGGAGUGCAGGUACAGGUGGAAAAAAGUAUGUACAGGUACAAAACAGAUAAGACACAACACUCGACAGAUACAAGACUUGUCCACAUGUCUGCCUACACACGGGUCACUCACUAAUUGCAAAUUGCUUCUGCGCUCGGCAGAAGCUCCUACAUCUUGCUAACGCCACACAAGUGCUCGUGCCCGCAUGUUCCUCCAUGAUCCUUCUUCUCGGCGGCUUCGUAUUCUUCUUGACCUCCGUAAUUUCCCGCUUUGGAUCGACGGCCCACACGUCAGGUGAUGCGCCAGCCACGUGGAGAAUGAAGACGCCCUCCCCUUCAGAGGCAAAAGAAGGUGCGAUUGCACGCUCCUUCCUCUUGCCCAUCGCACGCAUCCGUCGACCUGGCAAGAUGUCAACGUAAAAGUUCUCGUUCCGCUUCAGAUCAAACUCGCGUCGUUGAAUCCGGUUAAGCCCAGGCGGGUAAGCCAUCCCAGCAUCUCCCGUGGCGACGUCAAGGUAGGGCGGUGUGCCCCAUAGUUGCUCCUCUUCUCCAUCGUCAUCGUCACUUGCCAUGAUGCCUCCGCUACUUCGGCUUUCUGCUGCUGCAUUUACUCGUUUCGUCACCGCUUCCCUCUCCUCCCUUAUCUUCUCCACCUGUGCUUUCGUUGUGUCCUGGACCAAAACGUCUUCCUUCGGCAGGCAGUCGCAGUGCACCGGUCGAGGGGUCGAGGGAGGGAUCACACGAUCCUUCCUGAGUGUCUGGAGCUGCGCGUUGGGCAGGAUGGCAAAAUGGGACGAAACACUUCUGUCGAGGUAUUCAAGACACUCGGAGCCGUUACAAAGCCUGCCGCAAGGCCUGAAGUCCUCUCUGCACCGUUUUUGGUCUUCUCUCGGAAGCGACUGGUAGUUGAGAUAUACCUGCUCGCCGUUCUGAAAGACAAGAAGCAUUUUACAGAGCUGUUGGAUGUCUGUUGAGGUCCGAAUGCACGUACCAGGCCGUGUCGCGGUGGCGGCAUGACCUUCAUAAGAUCGAUGACAGACUGGAGAAAAUUGCGGGAGAAAGCUGACUGUCGCCACAUCAUCACACUGCAGGCACGUAGCGAGCAAAGAGGGUGGACAUGUCGCCCACUCUUCCAGCUUACCCUGAAUUGAAGAACCAUGCAGUGACGUCUGACGUUAGGAUGGCAUCUUUGUCCGGAUUUUCAGCUAUGAAGUCCUCCAAUCGCUUCUCACAGUCCAUGAAGAGCGUAUCCUGAAUUGGCAACGCCGUGUGGAAGGGCAGUGAGCAGCCCGCCUGCUUACCGCAUCUUUCCACACAACCCACUCGAGGUCCAUGUCUGGAUCGGUGAGCAAGUUAAAAAUGGCCUCCAGCUUGGCACGAUACGCACCCCCUGAGGCAGUCACCGUACAGAUGUGAUCGUGGCUCAUUCGUUCUGUGUCUUGCGUGUGCCCACGGUUGCCGAGCUGUGGAGCGCUGACAUCCAAGGUAAUACUCUCAUAACCAUGGAGUGCCGCGUACCUGUGGGGCAUUGUUUGAGGGGGCUUCCACCUGAUCCGUGCUUGCAUCGAACUUACAUUCGUUGGUUCUCGAAAGCAAUUUCGAGAUAGUCAGGCCUGGAGUAGUCUGGUGUCGAACGAAAGGCACCCGUUACAAUGGCUAUUUUCGACGGUUUCGUUGCUCUUGACGCUUUGCCGCUCGCAGGCGCCGAAUCACCGGCUAUGUCGACAGAUGGGGAGCAAAUCCAUUCUCCAUUGUUACGGAUCCCCUCCUUACUAUCAUUGAGCUGUGCGAUGCCGCCGGCCGCCGUUGGCUUCGGUAUGAUCGCUCGAAUGGAUGAGGGCUUCGGCACGGGAAACUGAUCUUGCGGCAGCAGGCUUGCCAGCAUCGUCAAGCAGGCGUCUGGACGUCGUUCUGGCCUCCUUGGAGAUAUUUCAUGCGAAGAGGGGGACGACGAAAGGCUCAACGUGGACAGGACAAUCGAAGCGUCUUCGUGCGAGACAUAGACUCCUGCUAGGUACGGGCAUGUCCGUCGUACGGGCCUGUCCGUCUCGUCGUAACUGCAUGCUGAAUGCUAGUGGCGGUGCUGCGUACCUGUCUGGUUGUCGCUCGCCAAACGUGCAAUCACCCAAUUUAGCGCAACAUCCUCGCAAUCCAUCUCACGACUUAUCACGUCAAGCAGAGCCCUGUGGCACCACAUGCAGCAUAGCAGAAGGAGCCGGAUGGAACGGAAACGUGUUCGCGUGGCUGUGAUGCAUACCUCGGCAAGACGCGUGAGAAGGCCAUGAGCAAUGAGGUGGGCACCAU